AUUGGAACAUGACGUGUCGGAAAGUAAACAUGGAGUUUCGCGAGAGAAGUGCGAAUAAGUUAUUUAUAAAAUUAUUAAUAUUUUGUAUGUAUAUACAUUUCGUUGCAGCUGCAAAAUUAUUAUGUGCAGACACAGAAUGCAAAGGUAUAAUUGCAGAAGGUAGAACAGUAAAUAUGUAUCCUAGUCCAAGGCCUGAAAUUUUAUCAUUAUCACCUAACAAGAAUUUAAAAAUUUAUGGAAGAUUAAUAGAUGAUGAAAAGUACUAUUUAACAGCGAUUGGUGGAAAGAGAGGUUUUGCACCAACAAGAUUUAUAGAAGAAACAAAAAUAUUAAACAGACACUUGGUUGAAGUUCCUUUAGAGAAAUUUGGUUGGAAGCCAGUUUCAAAUAAAGCAAAAGAUAAGUAUGAAACAAUUCCAGAAGAAAAAACGCCACUUUCAUCUGAUCCUAAAAAUGAUGAUAUUGUAUUACAAGGAUCUACUGUGAGUAGUAGUACAUCAUUUUCAAAAAGUAAUAUUCCUGAUGAUGCAUUAUUGAAAAGUCCAGAAGCUACAGCAAAAGAAGAAAACUUUAAAGAAUCAUCAUCAGAUGAAACAAUUACUGUUGAGGAUUUAAAUAGAUACAGCAUCAUCAAUAAUAAGAUUUCAAAACGACAAAAUGAAAUACCAAGUAACUCGGAACAAAAGACAAGUACUUCAGGCAACGGACCACAAAUAAAUAAUGCUCAUCAAGAACUAAAUAUACAUUCAUCGACAGUGGCUGGUAAUGAAGAAUCAUUUCAUUCUCAGAUUUCAUCAUCACCUAGUAUUUCUGAUCUUAAUUCAGGCAGAUCAUUGUUGUCUACAAAAGAAGUUCAAGAAAGCUGUACACUGAUAGAAGGAACUCAUAUUUGUGAAGAAAAUCCUACAUUACCAUCUGAAUCAAAUUCCAUAAAUGAACAAACACCAUCUAUUGUGGAUGCAUACAACUCUCCACAUUUACAUCCUUCCACGCUUACUUCAGAAUUAAAUACUAUUUCUAAUGAUGCACAAACACCUCAUUCAUCUGAUAGUCAUAUAAUUGAAACUAAAAUAUCUGAAAUGCAUCCUUCUUUAAAUAAUCCAGUUUUAUCAUCAGAUAUUCUGGAUCAAAGCAAACCCGUUCAGCAAGAAUCAAUUGAAAAAAAUUUAUAUGCUACUCCUAGCAUUUCUAUUGAAAACAAACAAGAAUCAACUCUCAUUGAUAAUACAGUAUCCAAUGUUUUUGUUGAAAACAAACAAGAAUCAACAGUAGCUAAUGAUCAUAAUUCACAAGAAAUACUUGAAAGCAAUAAAGAAUCUGUUUCUUCUACUAAUCUUGAUAAAGUAAAUAUUGAAAAAGAAACAGAAGAAAUUUCUAUUACUGAUUCGAAUGAUAUAAAAAAUAAAAUGGUAUCAGAUUCACUUAGACCUUCUGAAAAUACUGAUUCCAGCAAUAAUUUAGAAUCUGAUAUACUUGUUAAUACAAAUGCAAAAAAAUUAGACAUUGAAGAUACAAAUAUUAAUUUUAUAACUAAUAAUUCAAAUAAUCAAUCUAUCUUUUCAAAAGUUGUAACAUUUGCUAAAAAUGUUUUCUCCACAAUUGGUAGUGAAAAACCUAAAAGUGAGCUGGAUAUGGGUAAUGAGGAAAAUAAUUUUGAAAAUGAAAACAAACAUGAUAUCGAUGAUGCUGAUAAUGAGGAGGAGGAAGAAGAGGAGGAUUUGGAGGAAGAAGAAAAUUUAAUUGAUAAUAGUGAUGAUAAUGAUGAAACUAAUGAGAAUAAACAAGCAUUAAAUGAUUUAAAUAUGUUAAAACCUGAAAUAAAGCAAGUAGAUGAAAAUGAUAUUAAAGAAAUCAAUCCUUCAGAAAAUGCUGUAGACAAAACAAAUGAACAGAUCAGAUCUAAUGUUGAUAUAAAAGAAAUAAAAAGUGAUGGUAAAGAUACUCUUGAUGAUGAUCAUAAGACUAAUUUAAAUAAUAAUUUUAAUCAAGAUAAAAAGUAUGAAGAUGCUACUAACAAAGAUUCAGCUUUACACAAAGAAUCUGUUGAAAUAAGCAGUGUUAAAAAAAUUGAAAAUUCUAAAACUGCACCUUCAGAAGAAAUUAGUGAUACAGUUACAAAAGCAAAUGUCAAUGAAGAUUCAUCUAAAAUAGUGACUAAUAUAAACAAUGACUUGGAAAUUAAUAAAAAAUUGGAACUUGAUUCAAAUAAGAAUAAAAAGACAAUAGAUGACAAAAAUAUGAAAGAGAUAAAAGAGGAAGAUGUAAAAAUUCAUUCUAAACCUGAACUUGAACAGAAUGUUAUAAAUGAUGAAAAUUUAAUAGCUGAUAAAAAAGAAAUUAAUAGUAAAAUUACUGAUUCUUUAGAAAAGCCUUUUAUUCCUGAUAAAAACAAUGAUCUUUCUGACAUAAAAAUAAAUAUUCCUGUUGAAAAUAGUGAGCCAGCUUCAGAUGAAGACCUAAAUCAAAACAUACCUGUUGAAACAGAAGAUAAACAAAAUAUUAUUAAGAAAGAAUCUACAGUGUCUGAAUCUAAACCUUCAUUAGAAUCUAGUUCCAAUUUAAAUGAUAUAGACAAUAAACUAGACUCUAAAAUUUCUAAUUCCAUUCAAAGUGAUCAAGAAAAUAGCAAAUUAUUGGAAGAAAGUGAUAAAAUAAAAUUUCUUUCCAAUAAUAAAGAUGAUGAAAAUUUAAAUGAUAAGUUUCAGGAUACAGUAUUUAUCUCAGAAUCACCACUUACUUCUAGUACAGAAAUGAUUGACAACUCUGAUGAAUCUGGUUUAAACAAAGAUAUAACCUUUAAUUUAGAUGCAGGCAAUGAAUCUCAGGAUCUGUUAGCAAAAUCAAUUGAAUUAUCAAUUAAUCCAAAAAUUACAGAUGAUUAUUCUUUAAAAAAUGAUUAUAAUCAGUUAUCUGUAAAAGAUGAAAGUAUUCAGUCUGAUACAAAAGAGCAUUUGCAUAAUGUUGAUAUAGACAUGAAAAAAAAUAUUGAAACAGUUAAAGAUGAAAUGUUACCUUAUGAUGAAGACGACAUGAUAACUGCUUCAAGAAUAGAAACAACAACUCGUUCAAUUUUAAAUUAUAAUGAAGAGGUUGAGUAUGAAAAUGUAGAAGAUGCAACACAAAGUGCCUUUGAUGUUAUAAAUGAAGAAGCAAAAGAAUAUAUUGGAUUCCUUCCAUUCUUUUUACAAGUUAUUAUUGACAUGUUACCUGAACAAAUUCAGAAACAGUUUUCUGAGUGGGAAAUCCAAGGCCUUUCUCCAAGAGUUACUGUUAUUACCUUUAUUACAGGUGUUUUAACGACAUUUGUAUGUAUUUUUACUGUUUAUAUUCAAAGAAAGAGUAAAGAAUCUUAUCUCAUAGGUGAGUUUAAAUUUUAA